ACGUGGACUCAGCAGAAAAAUAUCACCCUAGAUCUCACAACCCAAGAACUGAAGUAUGUUUCGGGCAUCUUGAUUUUAAGUGGAUACAUAUCCUACCCAGGGACGUGGAUGUUUUGGGAGACAACUCGACAUCGCCUUGUGGCUGAUGCUAUCAGAAGGGACAGGUUUGAGCUGAUCUCCUACCUGCAUUUUGAGGAUAACAGUGAACUCGAUGAAAGCGAUAGGUUUGCCAAGGUCAUCUGUAUGAACUGCAACUUCCAGAAGCAUGCUCCCCUGGAAGAGUGCUAGAGUUAUGGUGAACCCAUCCAUGAGUACUUUGGGCACCAGGGGUCUAAGCACCUGCAUUCAGGGAAGCCAGUCCGGCUGGGCUACAAGAUCUUGUUUGGAAUGACCAGCAGAAACUUCUUGGUGAGGUUUGAACCUUCACAGGGCACUCUGUUCACCAAGCUGGACAGAGGCUUGGAUAUAGGGGCCAAUAUGGUGGUCAAAUUUGUGGAUGCACUUCAGGAGCGUGGCUGCCCCCCAUACCACAUAUUCUUUGACAAGGUCUUUACAGGUGUCAAACUGAUGAUGUCCAUUUUGUGGGAAAAGGGAGUGAAAGCCACAGGAACUGUUUGUGAGUACAGGACCAAGUGCAGUUCCCUCAAGGAUCCCAAGGAACUUAGGAAAAUGAAAAGGGGCUCUUUUGACUACAGGAUGGAUGAAAGCCAGGAGAUCAUUGUGUGCUGCUGGUGCAACAGCCACGUGGUAAACAUUUUCUCCAAUGUGGUGGGCAUAGAUGCCAGUCAGACUACCCACCACCACCUGGCAGUAGCCAAAGCUCAGGCACAGGUCCACCAGCCAUCCCUGGUGAAACUCUAUCAGGAAAAAGCCAGAGGGGUUGACUGAAUGGACCAGAACAUCUCUAAGUACAAGGUAAAGAUCCAGGGCAUGAAGUGGUACCUGAGCUUCAUCAGCUACAUCAUUGAUGCAGCCCUCAACAAUGCAAUACAUGGACUGUCUCUGGAGAGCAAUGUGGACAUAACCUCGCAGGGGAGGCAGAGCGGGAGGGUAGAGACUGAAAGCUGCUUCGAUAUGAUUAGACACUAGAUUGUCCAUAAGGACAAGAGGACCCUGUGUGCCCUCUGCCACUCACAGACCAACACCCGCUGUGAGUGAGAGGUUAAAAUUUUCAAACUGUGCUGUGGGGACUUAGCUGUUAGUUGAAUUUAAUGAGAAGCUAGCUCCAAGAACUUAGAAGAAUGAGAGACCAGCUCUGAGGACAUAGGAACAAUGGGAGACCAGCUCCCAGAACUUAGAAGAAUGG